GGACAGAGGGAAUCCUGAGCGCCGCUGUCAGGAUCUCAAACAGAGGCGAGUAACGGACCGUCCGCACGCGCAACGAGCCCGGAGGAAUAUUGAAUAGCUAUUACCAAUACGGGAAUGCGAGUCUGACCCGCUAACUUAAACGCAAGAUUGUCGAGUGGAAUCUGCGAGGGUCUGCAGACAACAGAAGUGUGUAGUGUGUGUCUAUUGAAGAGACCGUUUCCCCUCUGCUGAUAAUGAAGCACCAUUUCCACAUGAGGAGGCAUUGACUUCGGCGCAACCCUGUCGCGCCCACAGCGCCCCCUCUCGGCCCGGACGGCCCACCAUGCCCCGGCCAUGAAGGGGUACCAGGUGAGUCGCAGUUUGUCGCAACACUCCUCUGGGCCUUGCUACUGCAUGCCUGAGGAUUGCGACACUGCACGGGACUAUAUGCACCACCCCGACCACUACCAGGGGCACAAUGACCACCCCUACUACCCACCUGGUGGUCCCCCUGAACCGUUGGCCAUGGUCCCAUCUGGUGGGGGCACCUUCCCUCGUUCACACCCCAGUCAGCCACAGCCCUAUGACUCCACCUGUGAAGAGUGUAUAUCCUCUGCAGGGCAUGGGCAUGGUCACGGGGCAAAGAUGCACCGUAUCCCACCAAACCUUCUGGAUCAGUUUGAGAAACAGUUGCCAUUUCAUCCGGAUGGCUUCCAUACCCUGCAGUACCAACGCGCAGCCAGCGGGGAACAACGCAGCGAGAGUCCAAGUCGCAUAAGGCAUCUGGUGAACUCCGUUCAACGCCUCUUCGCCAAGUCACAUUCACUGGAGGCACCCUCUAAACGAGAGUUUAAUGGCACCCGUGGGGGAGAGUACCGGGACAGAGAUAGAGGGCACCGCAGUGGUGGCGAAGAAAGCGGCGGACAUCAUUAUUCAGGAACGCACCAGUCUCGUUCAGCCCGUCGGAACAAAAGCCGAGAACGAAGCAAGAGUGGAGAUUCCCGCCACGAAUCUCGAAGCUCCCGCCACCGCAGCAAAACAGCUGGAUGGUGGAGCUCUGAUGACAACCUGGACAGUGACAGCAGCUUUCUGGUGGGUGCAGGUAGAGGGGGGCGAGGGUAUCCCACCGGGCACGAGACCUUGGAUGCUGCCAUCCAGGAGCUUACUUUGAGGAAAUCUAAGGGGCCACCUCCAGGAGAGUGCCUGGCUUGUACCAACAUAGCCAUGGCAGGAGACAGUGGACACUCUCUGAAGAGGAGCACGUGGUCGGCCAUGACGGUCAGUCAGGCUAGAGAGGUCUAUCCAUCUUCUCGUGGAGGAGGGGGAGGGGGAGGUGGAUAUGAGAAAGCAUUGGUUCCUCUAGAACCCAAAAUGAAAGAACGAUCACUCCACUAUCUGCAGGUUCCCUCAGAUGACUGGUGCGGUGGUGGUCCAUCUGACAGUGGUGGGGAGAUCCCUUGCAGACGUAUGCGCAGUGGCAGCUACAUCAAGGCCAUGGGGGAUGAUGACAGCGCUGACUCAGACACCAGUCCCAAAGCCUCACCCAAAUCAGCCCUCAUUGCCCAGAGAGAAGCCUUCCGCCGCUCCGUCAGCAUGGACCAGCGCUCUUCCGCCACAUCUAAGUACUCAUGUAAACAGUGUAUAGACGUCUACCCAAACAGUCGAACCACUCCUAAAGGCCACGCUCGCUCUCGCAGCGCCACACGCUCUCUGACCAGCGCUCAGCUGAGUGACACUCUGAACCUGUUUGGAGAAAUGGAAUCACAGGCUGUAGAGGCACUGGACCUACCCGGAUGCUUCCGCACUCGCAGUCACAGCUACGUACGGGCUAUCCAAGCCGGCUGCUCCCAGGACGAUGACUGCCUGUCUGUCUUUUCCAUGUCGGGCCCACAGGGAAGCGUGAAGGGCGAAGCAGUGUUCCCAUACAGAAAAGGACCCCCUCCUCUUCCCCCUCGCAUGUCCAAGCCAAUGAUCUCCGUGACCGCUCAGAGCAGCACUGAGUCCACUCAGGACGCCUACUUCCAAAAUACAGGACAGCCCGCUCUGGUCCGACCCAGACAGCAUAGCAACUCAGUGGACCUGACGGAGAGCAGCGGGGGUCGUAGCUCCAGAGUUGGGCACUAUCUUGGCGGGGGCACUGCUCGUGUCAGACAGAGCAGCAACUCCGCAGAGAGUCUGAACGGCAGGGCCCUUCAGAGCAUCGCCUACCCUGGUGGACCUGGUCCAAUGAAACCGAAACACAGCAGCUCAGCUGAUAACCUUCUGGAGGGGCCCAGGGGAACUAGGGACCGAGUUGGAGGCAGCCUGGGAAAAUCAGCCUCUCUGCCCCAGAACAGUAUGUCCCUAGCCAAAGCUCUGGCUGGAGGAGAGGAGUUCAAACAGGAAGGACGAGGGAGAAAGUGGAGACCCUCUAUUGCAGUGCAGGUGGACAGCUCAGAGACGUUGUCUGACUCGGACCCAGAAGGCAAAGCUCUGAGAGAGGUGCACUCCAUAGGGGUUCAGGUGGAGGAUGACAAGAGACGAGCCCGUUUUAAACGCUCCAACAGCGUGACAGCAAGUGUCCAGGCCGAUCUUGAGACGGAGGGUUUUGGUGGGCUGACAGUACCCACUCAAGACAAGGGUCUGCAGUUUGGCUGCUCAUUCCAGCGCCACUCUUCUGAACCAGAAUCAGCCGGUCAGUUUGCAGAGUAUCGCACAGUGCACACACAGGGCCAGUGGGCCUACCGUGAGGAUUACCAUAGCGGUUACACCAAUGAGCCUGGCCCUCCAGAACUGAGGGCCCUGCCCCGCUCCCACUCCCCUCUGCCCCUGGCCCCUGAGCGUGGAGUGGGAGGCUGGAGCGAGGGCCCGAGGAGCCUACCCGAUUCGGGCCGAGCCUCGCCCUGCUUACGAGAUGGAGAGUUCUUCCUGCGGCUCCUACAGACAGAAGUGGAGAGGAUGGAGGGAUGGUGCCAGAACAUGGAGAGAGAGGCAGAGACAAAUGAACUGUCGGAAGAGGUGUUGGAGCUCAUCAGAGGGGCUGUAGGCAGUGCUCAGAUGCUAAUGUCACAAAGAGUCCAGCAGUUCUUCAGGAUGUGCCAACAGAGUGUGGAUCCUUCAUCAUACCCUCAGCCCAGCACUCAGGAUCUGGCCAGUUUUUGGGACCUCCUCCAGCUAGCCAUCGAGGACGUCAGAGUGAAGUUUCAGGACCUCCAGCGGCUGAAGGACUCGGGCUGGAGAUUACCUCCUGAGAAGAAGGAGGACAAGAAGGUUCCACCUCCAUUACCAAAGAAGCCGGUCGGUGGCGUGACGGGCAGCCUGCGUGCCGACAGCACAACCGAGGCCGGAGGCAUGCUGGUGGUCUCGCGAGGACGUAGCGUUCCCGAACGGGAGAAAUCGCUGGACGUGGGCGACCGGCAAAAGCUGGAGACACGGCGCAGGCUGCUCCAGACCAAACGCUCAGCCUCUUUCCGUCAGAAUUCUGCCACGGAGAGCGCUGACAGCAUCGAGAUCUACAUCACAGAGGCUCAGACGAGACUCUGAGCCGUUCGGACCCCCUUAAAACGACAGGCUCUUCUCUGGCCCUCUGCACAGACGGCCAUGUUACAAAGCAGCCAGAGAGCGAGUGCGACUGCUCACUUUAGCGCGGUGGAGAGCUUGAGAUGGCUUACUAGUACGCUGCUGGUGUUCGGAUGUGAGCUCACACGAUUUAUUUUCAUUUUUCUAUUUAUUUUCGUUGAGCAAGUGUUAUUAUUCUCAGAAAAAAGGGCUCAACCAGCACAACCAAGUGUUCCAAGAUUGAGACUUUUGUAAGUCCGCAAAAUAUAUAAAAAUGUUAGAACUGUUUUAAUGAACCACGCCAACACAUACGGGUGCAAUAUCAUAUAUUAAGAGGAUCUUAUCUUGUUAUUUUAAAUAAUAGACCUUGUUUUGAUAUAAUCUUGGCUGUGUAUGUGUUUCUUAAUUGAUCCCACAGUGUGGCGGACGUAGCCCCUUUCACUGUGACGCGAGCGCCCUCUUGUGGCCAGAGUAGAGCAAUGCACCCCGAUGUAAAUUUGGGCCUGAAACUGAAUGUCUUAGCAGUGCAGCAGUAAAACUCCUCGAAGCAACUUUUGCAGUAUAGAUAAAUGCCUUUUUUUUUAAAGCCAGUUAUCAAAUUACCACAGGGAUUCAUCUCCCGUAUAGUGCAAUAUCACUUCGCAUUUGCAGUCAGGCUUCUCAGUGUGAAGACACGUGUCUUAAAAAAAGAUGAGAGAAAAACACACAACAGAAACAUUCAAGCUCUGGGGCAACAGCCACGAUUCCUGAAAUAGGACGGUCUACAUGACUCUUCGAAAACAGGGGUGCAGAAGACAAUCUUCAAUUUCACACAUGACCUGCACACUGAAAAACGAUCAUUCAGAGAGGAGGGGAAGCAUCUUGUUCAUUUCACCCCCCCUGCCUUUCUUUUUAUAACAGACGAAAGCCCUAUAACAAGAAAUCAAUGUAGCUUCUACAUUUUGCUUUUAAUUUAUUGCUGUUUUUUUCCCCCCAGAUAUUAAUCAAACCAUUUUUCUUUCUAGUUCCAGUUCUAUUUUCUGUAUUUUUCGCUCAUGAAUAAUUAUCUUUUAUUUUAUUUUGCCCUUUAAAUUUGUUUGAGAAAAUAAUACGCUUCGGAUCUCUCUGUCCGCUUCUCACCAAUUGUUAAUUUGUGGAUUAUUUAAAAAAAAAAAAUACUGUGUUAGUUUAGGCGGUGAAUUUCGUGCGUUUACGAAAGAAAGGAAACAAUUAAACAGAAGUGCGAUAGGAAGAAUGGAUUAUGUGUUUGCGUGCAUUCAACUUCUCGACUGAGUAAAAAGCUGGAAAUAAGAUCACACAGUAAUUGUUGAAAAUUCCAUCUAUUUGUUUCCUUUUUUAAUGAAAAACGAUGAUUGCAUGAAUGAUCUUAAUUUUUUUGUUUCUUUGUUUGUUUUUGGAAAAAGUAAUGGAAUAACGGAAACUAUUUUAUUGGGAGAUGUAUAUUUUAUAAAGUACAUUUUUAGAUUAGCAGAUAAACAUAUGUCGUCAAAAGUGAUGUUAAAAUAUGUUAUAAAGUGUCUAAGAAUUUACAAGUUAGGGACGUGACGGCUCUGUGGACAACUCAAACAGAAUCGUGUUGUUUUCCUCUCAUUUCUUUUGUCAACCUCGAAACAGACUUGCUAAAGACUUUUGACAAAAGAAGAAUAGAUGGUUGACAGCUACUUGCCAUGUUGUCCAUAGGCAAAAAAAAUAUAAUCUGUUUUCUAUGUCUUGACUAUCUACACGUGCCUAACAGCACUGUGUGUGGCUUUUCUUUUCUUUUUUUUAAAUUAACUAUUCAGUAUUAUAUUCAAUACGAAAUAUAUAACUCACACAAUAUGUAUUGUUCUAAUAAAUUGAUUUGUUACACCUGAUCCAGCUAAUAACCACCUCACACUGGAUGUUUCUAUGUAACCUGCAUGCUUUUAUUAAUCCAUGAAAAAAAAAAAAAAAUUAACAAACUCUUCUAUCAAAACUGUAGAUCUUGAUCCACUGUCUGGAAAAAAAGGCAGGAGUAUUUAUCUAAUUAUUUAUAAUAACUACACCUACAUUUCUGUAUUUAAACUUGUUUUGUUUUUUUUAAUCAAUUCAUUAUUUCAACAGUUUUAUUUCCUUUUCUUUUUCCAGUCAUUUGUACUUUUUUCAUUUACCGUUGCCUACCAUCUCUUUUUAGUUACGUAUUUAUUUAUCUAUUUGUUUUGCUAAUACGUUAUGGAUGACUAUCCAUCAUUUUAUGAAUACAUAUUUUUUUAAGCUUGUGAAAAUGGUUGCAACCACUAUUGACUUUUUUUUUUUUUUGGACGCAGCAAGUCUAAUAUGACAGAAAAGCACAACAGACUAUUUCCUCUUCCACUGUGAAGGACUUCCUGCCUUCUCAAAACACUGAAAGACUAUGUACAACAUGCUGUUGGGGUUUCCAGUGCGAGAAAUAGGAUGAUCUCUUAUCAGGGCCAUACGUUUUUGAUAUACCAACGAAACUUAAUUUCGAGCAAGACUGACCACACUUUCCCCCUUUGCAAGCCGCUUGCCUCCUCAGGCACUGAAUCAAUCUGACACUCGAACGGACUGCUCAGAAAGACUAUUUCCAUGGCCUUUUUAUUCUAAUGUAAACGGAUCGGUGGAACCCAGUCGAAUACCAGAUUGAAUGGCUGUGUCUCUCGCUACACCAAGUCAAGCUUCCCAUGUCAACGCAUGACCCGACGGUACGCUGAUUGUCGCUUCUCGAGACGUCGUGUGUCUUAAUAGGUCAGAACGGAUGGCUGAAACUCCGCCAUUGCCCGAAAAGUGUUGGCGAAGCCUCUGUAUAUGCCGUAAACAGAUUUAGCUAGAGUAAGUGAUGAAUAUUUCUUCGUAGCACAGAGGAGCUUGUAGCAGUGUGACGUAGACGUUACGUUGGAUUCUAUAACGCAUUACAGAUCACUGGAAAUUACAUGGGUCAUAGACUUACAAACAAUUACUGUGUAAUUACAAAUACCUUCUCACGUUCCGUUGUAUUAUGUACAGUAAAUAUAUCUGUCGCAAUUGAAGUCGUUAUUAUUACUAUUCAAUGGAUUGUCGAUGAUUACUGGUAUUAUUAAUAAUUUCAUAUAUAAUGAAAAAUGUUAUUGCAAUUAUGACUAUGAGAAAAUCUAUUCUGUAUUCUCUAGGGUGUCCGUGUGUAAGGAGCCACCCGAUUUAGAUUUUAUUCUACUGUUUGUAAUUGCUGCUAAUGUAGAAAAUAGCCCUGUGGAACAUGAGACAAAUGAGAAAAAUAACCGCUAACGUUAGGCCCGUCUCUUCUAGCAGUUUCGCGCAGGUCUGCAAGAUCACAGGAAACGUCAAACGAACAUGUAGGUCUGAAGAAUGAGUUUUCAAAAAAAAAAGAAGAUAUAUAUACAUAUAAAUGUUUGGCCAGUUUGUGAUGUAGCAAAAAAAAAAAAAAUGUUUUUUUUUUUUUAUUGUUCAUUAUGUUAUGCUCAUAACAUUGUGGAAAAUUUGAUUAUUAACAUUAUCACUAUUUAUGGUUGUCAUUUAUUUAUUUUUUAAAUCAUGUAUGUUUGAUACAGUGCCAAGGUAAAAAAUAAUUUUGUAUCUGUGCUUUUUACAUCGUUUUACCAAACUGCAAUAGCUUACAACUUCACCUUUUUUUGUUUUUUUUCCCCCAAUAUAUUAUUUCCGGAUUUGAAAUAAAUCUGAAUCUCUUACCAUGUGUUGCGGCUAAAGGGUCUAGGCCUUAUGAUGAACAAUGGCACAGCUGAGGUAAAAUACGUGGAUCAUGUUUAGUUUUUUGGUCACGAUGUGAGAUGUACGGCUCAAUGUCUAAUAGCAUUAAAUCAGAGAUGGCACACUGUGAUGUGGUAAACCUAAACACAGAAUGUAAUAUUGUCAACGGUUGUAAACAUUUUCUAAAAAUUACUAUAAAGCUAUUUUAGCAAGGUAAAAUAA